AUGUCCGCCGACUCGCCCCCGAAACACGUCUACAAAAUCAUCCCAACCGCCCCUCCGGAGCCCAUUCCCCAUUACUUUCCCCUCUCUGAUCUCGACAGGCAAGAUGGCUUCAUCCACCUAAGCACCGCUCAGCAAGUCCCUCUUACUUGUGGCAGAUUUUUCUCAACUGAGCACGCUCUAUGGGUUCUCAAGUUCCAGCUCGACAAGUUUGCAGAUCCAAUCAAGUGGGACGGAGGGUUUCCCCAUCUAUACGGCAAUUUCGGCGGAAAGGAUGUCCUCUCUGUGCAAAAGUACGAGCGGGAUGAGGGGAGGACGUGGGUAGAGAUUAUGAGUGCUUCCUCUUGGCUCGAAUAG